UUGAAGUUCUCAAGCCUUAAUCUAUUGAUUAAGCCAUUCCAGAGAUGUUCCAUUGAUCAGAGCAUAGUCAGUCUCUGAGAUCUGUAUAUGGUCUUGAAGAUGUCCAUCGCAGAGCCACUAAAGAAAUUAGUGUCGUGUGUUAUCCUUGAUUUGGAUGGUACACUAUUACACACAGAUGGCAUAGUAAGUGAUGUUUUAAGAGCUUAUUUGGGCAAGUAUGGAAAGAAAUGGGAUGGGCGAGAAGUUCAAAAGAUAGCUGGGAAAACACCACUCGAAGCUGCAACUGCUGUUGUGGAGGAUUAUGGACUAUCUUGCACAUCUAGUGAAUUACUCUCAGAGAUUAACCCAAUUUUCUCCAAUCAGUGGUGCAACAUCAAAGCUCUUCCAGGUGCCAAUCGCCUAAUCAAACAUUUGAGUGGUCAUAGAGUGCCGAUAGCAUUGGCUUCAAACUCUCCAAGAGAAAACAUAGAAACCAAAAUUUCUUUUCACCAGGGCUGGAAAGAAUCCUUCUUAGUCAUCAUUGGAGGUGACGAAGUAACAUCAGCGAAGCCAUCUCCUGAGUUAUUCCUUGAAGCUGCUAAAAGAUUAAAUAUUGAACCUUCCAGCUGCCUUGUCAUUGAAGAUUCUUUGCCAGGUGUGACAGCUGGUAAAGCUGCUGGAAUGCAGGUAGUUGUUGUACCCUCUCUGCCAAAGCAAUCCCAUCUCUAUACUUCAGCAGAUGAGGUGAUCAACUCUCUACUUGAUUUUCAUCCUGAAAAGUGGGGCCUACCUCCUUUCAAAGAUUGGAUAAAAGACACUUUACCAAUAGAACCAUGGCAAAUUGGUGGUCCUGUCAUUAAGGGAUUUGGUCGGGGUUCAAAAGUACUUGGGAUCCCUACAGCUAAUCUAUCCACCGAGCAAUUUUCGACUCUCCUUUCAGAACAUCCGUCGGGGGUAUAUUUUGGUUGGGCUGGAUUACCAACCCUAGGUGUCUUUAAAAUGGUCAUGAGUAUUGGUUGGAAUCCUUAUUUCAACAACGCUGAAAAGACUAUAGAGCCAUGGCUGCUUCAUGACUUUGACGAGGACUUCUAUGGGGAGGAGUUGCAUCUUAUCAUAGUUGGGUACAUACGGCCUGAGGCCAAUUUCCCAUCUCUAGAGAGCUUGAUCGAAAAGAUCCAUGAGGACAGGAAAAUUGCAGAGGAAGCUCUUGAUCUUCCAAUGUACUCAAAAUUCAAAGAUGACCCAUAUCUUAAGAUUUCUACAUAAGGAUGCCCUCUGGGAAUUCCCAAACUCUACUGUACUGCAUUGGCUAAUUGCCAGUGUAGUUUGAAACUGUUGUACACAUUAUUGAGACAAUAACAUUCUCUCUUUUCGAGUCGCUUCAUGAAACAUAAUGGUGUGUAUUACAAUCCCAUAUAUCAUGUACUCAUUUCAUUGUAUUGUAAAUUACCGACACUUCAUAAACAUGAAGUUAUUGCAG